AUGACAGUUAUAUCAGAGUUUUCCGACGCAUGCAACCCAGUCAACCUCUUAUGCAACUCGGUCAACCUCUCAUGCAACCUGGGCAACUUCUCAUGCAACCCAGUCAACUUCUCAUGCAACCCGGUCAACCGCUCAUGCAACCCGGUCAACCUCUCAUGCAACCCGGUCAACCUCUCAUGCAACCCGGUCAACCUCUCAUGCAACCUGGGCAACCUCUCAUGCAACCCGGUCAACCUCUCAUGCAACCCGGUCAACCUCUCAUGCAACCUGGGCAACCUCUCAUGCAACCCGGUCAACCGCUCAUGCAACCCGGUCAACCUCUCAUGCAACCCGGUCAACCGCUCAUGCAACCCGGUCAACCUCUCAUGCAACCCGGUCAACCUCUCAUGCAACCCGGUCAACCUCUCAUGCAACCUGGGCAACCUCUCAUGCAACCCGGUCAACUUCUCAUGCAACCCGGUCAACCUCUCAUGCAACCUGGGCAACCUCUCAUGCAACCUGGGCAACCUCUCAUGCAACCCGGUCAACCUCUCAUGCAACCUGGGCAACCUCUCAUGCAACCUGGGCAACUUCUCAUGCAACCCGGUCAACCGCUCAUGCAACCCGGUCAACCUCUCAUGCAACCUGGGCAACUUCUCAUGCAACCCGGUCAACCUCUCAUGCAACCCGGUCAACCUCUCAUGCAACCCGGUCAACCUCUCAUGCAACCUGGGCAACCUCUCAUGCAACCCGGUCAACCUCUCAUGCAACCCGGUCACCCUCUCAUGCAACCUGGGCAACCUCUCAUGCAACCCGGUCAAUCGCUCAUGCAACCCGGUCAACCUCUCAUGCAACCCGGUCAACCGCUCAUGCAACCCGGUCAACCUCUCAUGCAACCCGGUCAACCUCUCAUGCAACCCGGUCAACCUCUCAUGCAACCUGGGCAACCUCUCAUGCAACCCGGUCAACUUCUCAUGCAACCCGGUCAACCUCUCAUGCAACCUGGGCAACCUCUCAUGCAACCUCUCAUGCAACCCGGUCAACCUCUCAUGCAACCUGGGCAACCUCUCAUGCAACCUGGGCAACUUCUCAUGCAACCCGGUCAACCGCUCAUGCAACCCGGUCAACCUCUCAUGCAACCUGGGCAACUUCUCAUGCAACCCGGUCAACCUCUCAUGA